UGAUUCUGUGAGUUGUGUGACGAUCCUGUCUGUCUAUACUCAACUCAGACAUGUGGACCAGGGGAAAAUGAUCCACUGUGAUAUAGUGAAACUGGGAUUUGAUUCAGAUGUUAUUGUCAACAAUGUUCUUGUCGAUUUUUAUGCUAAAUGUGGCAAAAUACAAGAUGCACUAAAAGUAUUUGACAGCAUGACAGCACGUGAUGUUGUAACAUGGAAUAGCAUAAUUUCUGCAUGCACUCAUAAUGAAGACUGUAGUUUAGGUUUUAGAAUGAUUCUUAGAAUGAGAAAUGAGGGAGUGAUGCCUGACGCAGCAACAAUGUUAGGCAUCUUACCAGCGUGUUCCUUACUUGCUGCCAAGCAAAAAGGACAAGAGAUCCAUGGCUGCAUUUUCAGGUUAGGAUUUCAUUCAGAUGUUCCGGUUGGGAAUGCACUAAUCGAAAUGUACUCUAGUUGUGGUAGCUUGGAAAGCUCCAUACGAAUAUUUGAGCAAAUGUACAUAAAGGAUGUGGUGACAUGGACUUCGUUGAUCUCUGCAUAUGGGACAUAUGGUGAAGGUGAGAAAGCAUUGAGAGCUUUUGAAGAAAUGGAAGCAACUGGUGUUCUUCCUGAUCAUCUAGCUUUUCUAGCCGUCAUAUAUGCUUGUAGCCAUUCAGGUUUGGUAGAAGACGGUCUGGCUUACUUUGACCGAAUGAAGAAACACUACAAAGUUGAGCCUAGGAUGGAGCACUAUGCUUGUGUAGUUGACCUUCUAUCCCGCUCUGGGCUAUUAGCUCAAGCUGAGGACUUUAUCCAUACAAUGCCGAUGAAGGCUGAUGCAAGUAUAUGGGGUUCUUUACUUAGUGCUUGCCGAGAAAAUGGAGAAGAAAAGAUAGCUGCACAUGUCUCAGAGCAGAUUGUUCAAUUGAAUUCUUAUGACACGGGGUAUCAUGUUUUGGUGUCGAAUGUAUAUGCAGCUUUAGGGAAGUGGGAUAAAGUGAGAAUGAUGAGGAAACACAUGAAAGCUAAAGGACUCACAAAAGAUCCUGGAUUUAGCUGGAUGGAGAUUCAAAAGAAGGGCUGAGGUUGUCUUUUGUAGUUGUAGGUUUGCUGGGCAAGCAAGGGUUUGAUGAUUUGUGAUUCAUCUCACUUCUGAGAAGGAUGAGAAGAAAGACAUUAUAAGAGAGGGAUAGGCUGGCCAUAUCAGGUCCAAUGUUUCAAGGAGAUUUACCAGACUGAUUUGAGGUUAGAGCUUAUAGUGUGCUUGAAGAGCAAAAAAUUAUUCACUCCUACCUUUCCUUUGAAAUACGUAGAAGAGAGAGAAAAAAUUAAAGAACCUCAAAUUCCUAAAUCCUACCCAGUGAAUGAUUCUUUAAUAUUGCUUGUCUAAACUCUAGUAAAGUCGGCAUCUUAGCUUUGUUUCCAGAAAUUACGAUGGUAAGUUAAUAGUUUUGAUAUUCUUUAAGAAGCUGCAUAAUUCUGGCUUUAGUACUUUUUGACCGGUGGUUUCCAUCAAUCGACAAAAUUUUGCCAAAUCACUCAUUUACUUCUCAUGUAGUUAUCUGAUUGCAUGAUUUAUGUGUUGCUGCAGAUAGGGCUAGGUUCUGAAAGGUUGAGAUCUGGGCCUGUAAUUGAUGUACCAGCGCCAGUACUCUUGUGGCUUAGGUCUGAUAUGAUUGGGAACAGUUUUGUGUGUACUUCUAAAAGAGCAGGACCUGUCAUUUUUUUAACGUGCUUUAAAUUUCAAUUGUUGGCAUUGAUUUUCAUUCUUGAUAUUUACUAUAAAGAUAUUUUUAUUUUGCUGAGUAUUAUAAUACUUAUUAAUACUUUGUCUUUUACUGUUGGUUCUUAGGAUGUUGAAACCGAAUAAGACAUCUGCCAAUGACAGGAAGAGGAAGUUAUCAAUGACAGCUGUGUGAUUUGGAACGGUAUUGAAAACAGAUGAACUGGAAGCCAAGUUUGCGGCCUAUGGAAAAGCAAUAUGUGUCCGCCGUGUGAUAAUGGUAUCCCACGAAAUGGAUGCUGAAGAGGAGUAACAUGAAGAGGAUUUUGGCUAUAUGCGUUAAGCUUAUUAGGUUUUCGUGAGUUACUAUUUAUUAGGACGUUGUCUAUGGUUAUUCACACAUGGAUGCUCUUAAUUAGUUGCAGAAUUGUAUUUCUAGCUUCCUUGUGAAAGUGCUCAACUUCUUCAUAUUAGAUGGAGUUGAAAAAAUGUUGAUGGU